AGAAAUAGAUCACGAUUCACGAAUUUAUUAUUGUCUUACUUUUAUCUAUGUAUUCGUAUUGCUAUGCUUCUCAAUUCACAUUUCAUAUAGAAAACUUUACCAGAAGUUCAUUAAUAGUUUAAUAACAUUUGUUUUUUUCAAAACCAUUUUAAAUUCUUGCCAAGGACAUGGAAGACGAAUUAGAAGACAGGGUUUUGCACCAAACGUAUGUUUCGUUUAUGAAAAUCUUUUCGCGAUUUUCUAGUAGUGUUGCGUUUGACACUCCAGUGAGCUAUUUAUGGAAAAUGGUGCGACUUUAUUUACUACGAUCAGAAGUGCUAGUGUUCACCUUAGGGAUAAUUAUAUUCUUUAUGUAUCUUCAAACCAUUGGACUAUGGAGUCGAACUCUAUUAAGCAGGUUGUCACAGGCUAUGAGUCCUAUAAAUGCUGUCCAGCGCAUGAAAUUAAUGGAAGGCUCUGAAACCGAUAAACAAAGCUGGGAACUGAAAGGUUCAUCAAGUGCAGCCUAUGCAAUCAAAGGGCGAAGAAUGCAUAUGGAAGAUAAAUUUAUUAUUAAUGAAAACAUAAAUAAUACCGGCAUUUCAUUGUUUGCUAUUUUUGAUGGACACGGUGGGGAAUUUGCUGCUAACUACGCUAAAGAACACCUUAUACAAAACCUUUAUAACAAAGUUGUAGAAUUAAGUGCUUUCAAAGAAGGUAAAACAGUCAUCACUCCUCUAAGAGAUAGUCCCGAAGAAUCAAAGAAAGAAGAAACAACUGUUGUAGAAAAAAAAACUAGUUUUAAAAAAUCUGCAAGUACUGCUGAUGAUACAUCCAAAAAAGAGAUUACAGAUCCUGAUCUACUAGCACAACUUUCUAAGGCAAGACCAAUAAUCACAAGAGAAGUUAGACCAAUUAAACCUGUAAGAAACAUUGCUGUUCCACUAUCAAGCUACAUGGAUAAGGGAAAGAUAAAUUAUGGAAAAUUAUUGACAGAUGAGGUCCUUGCUGCUGAUAGGCUUCUAGUGGAAGCUGCAAAGCGAUCUAUGAAUGUUGCCGGAACCACAGCCUUAAUUGCUAUGCUAGAAGACAACUAUCUUAUAGUAGCUAAUGUUGGUGAUUCAAGAGGAGUUAUGUGUGAUAGCCGUGGUAAUGCCAUUCCUGUGUCAUUUGACCAUAAGCCACAACAGGUGCGGGAACAAAAGCGGAUUGAAGCGGCAGGAGGUUACAUUGCUUUUAAUGGAGUGUGGAGAGUGGCAGGCAUUUUGGCGACAUCUCGAGCUAUGGGUGAUUAUCCUUUGAAAGAUAAAAAAUUUGUCAUUGCUGAUCCUGAUAUACUUACUUUUAACCUUGAUGACCACAAACCAAUGUUCUUGGUAUUAGCAUCUGAUGGCUUAUGGGAUACUUUUACAAAUGAAGAAGCAGUUAAAUUUAUAAAAGAAAGAUUGGAUGAACCAGACUAUGGAGCCAAGAGUUUAACGCUACAAGCUUAUUAUAGAGGAUCUGUUGACAAUAUUACAGUUUUAGUAAUUAACUUUCUAAGUAGUCAAUUCUCAAUGCAAUAACCAUUUUAAUUUGAUAAAUAUUUUCUUUUUGUAUAGUUGAUCCACAAAAAAAAUAUUUUAUACUAUGUACAAUAAAAAAAAAACUUCUACGAAUAUUAAUAUUGGACUUAUAAGCAGAACAUGUAUUAUUAUGAAAGAAACCUUUUUGGUUUGUAUUUAAUUGAAUGUUAAUUACCAAGUGAUGAAUUAAAGUCCAAUUGAAAAGACAGCCUUUUUACAGAUAAUACAAAUAUGUUUUUUAAAAAUUUACCAAUUUAAAAGUCAUAAAAUUUCAUUACAUAAUUUUAUAAUAUAACAUAUGUUGUAUUAUGUGUAUAUAUUUAAAUUUUAAAAUUUGAUAAAUAUGUACAUACAUGUCUCGUAGGGAUAAUAAAUUGUAUUUUUAAUGUUAACAAAAUAAUAUCAUAUUUUUAAAAUUGAAAGUUGAAAACUAUUUGUGUGGUUGUGAUUGUUCUCUGUAAAAUGAUGUCAUAAUAUUUGCAAUUUUUAUGCAUAAUUUAUAUUUAAGAUCAAGUUUAUUAUGUACUUAAAAUAUUAUAAUGAUUUAAACAUGCCUUUUUAAAACACUCCUCAGCGUCUUAAAUUUAAUCUUUUUUUUAGUUUAUGAUUGCCUUACUUUAUUAUAAUUCAUAUUUUUGUGACUUUGUCAGUGUCACAAAAAUAUGCUGCAAGCUAAGAAAAGAUAGGUAAAUUUAGCCAAAUGAAAAAUUGAUUUAGAACAUAUUUAAAAAAAAAACUAACAAAUGAUUGAAAAAGAACUAACCAUUGAAUAUAUAUUCAAAUCAUGGACUCAGGUGAAAAAUCUUUGAUAAAAUUUAUAAUUAGACAUAUAAGUAUAAAAUAUUGAAUACUUAUCUUGCCAUCUGAAUGAGAACAAAUAUGUUAAAGAUGUUAUUUAUCAUAUUGUGUAUUACUAUGAGUGAAACCUUCCUGUUAUAAUAGCUAGUCAAUGUUGGAUUGGUACUUAUUAAUGCUAUUUUUUACUAAACAGUUAUUGUCAUCUUACCGAAAUUAGAAUAACAAACAAUGAAGGCCCUUGAAAUCAUUCAAUAUUUUUGAAUUUUUAAUCUUUUCUGUUACAUUUAUUCAAAUCCAAGAAUGCAUUUUAACCCAAACUAUAUUUUUUAUUUAGAUAUAGUUGAAUAAGUUUACUUUUACCAUUGGUGCUAGUCAUUAAUUCUUCACUAUUUUACAUGUUAUGCAUAAUCCUAAUUUAGUGCAAUAUGAGUGAAUAGAGAAUAAAUUUCACUAUAUCUGUUGUCAUAGACUAAAAUAUCACAUAGAAGUUUGUAUCCUGGUAAAAAUACUAAUUGUAGUUACUUGUAAUUUGGUUAUGCUGUAUUAUAAUCAUCUGAAAGGCUUUUAUUAACUUGAGAGAAAACUAUGUAUAAUAUAUUGUAGUAUCAUUUAGUUUUUGCCAAAACAUUGACAAAAUUUGGGGCCAAAUUAUUCUUAUAUAUUUAUUUUCAUAAAAAGUAUACAUUUCAUAAUUAUGUGUUGCGUUUGUUAACAAAUUAUUUUAAGUUUACUUAAAUUUGCAUUGUUGAAGCUUUAUUAGCAUUUUAGCCGCCUUGUGUUUUAGUUAGUCACUUAACUUUUAAAUUUAUACUAUGUUUUAUUACAUAAUAAUUUUGUUCUUACAAUUUUCAAACAACAUGUAAAACAUUUUUAUUAACACAUGCCACACAGUGGUACUAAAUAGCAUUCUUCAUAAAAUAUUCUAUUCUAAUACUCAUGCCAAUUAAACAGUUUCAACUUUACAGAACUUAACAGGUGUAACUCGUUUUUAAUAUGUACCUGCAUGUAUUUAUGAUUCUAUAAUAAAUAUAUUUAUAUAUGAGUGUCUAAAAAUUGUAGGAUUUAUGAAUAAUAACUUUUUAUAUGUGAAACAUAUGCAGGUGUAAUAAAAUUAAUGUUUAUCCUA